CAAAAGAGUUUGGGUUUCCAGAAAACGGCUCGUUGGGUGCCGCUAAACUUAAAAUGUUAAGAGGGGAUUUGGAAGCAAGGUUAAACAAUUUGAAAAGUGGUAAAAAGAUCAAAGUUAAAGACUUGGAAAUAAUAGAGAAAAACCAGACAUGUCUGGCACAAUGGGAAAUGGAAUGUGAAUGCAGGGAGAGAAAACAAACAAUGAAGCAAAUGGCGUGUCUAAAACCUGAAAAGCCUGACAUAGUAACACAGAAUAAUCCACUUGUGUCUUCUCCACUGUAUCCAUCCCUGACAGGGGCAAGCGGUCCUCUCCUGAACACAUGCUACCAAACUCCCCCACCUCAGCCAGCUCAACAAGCGGGACCACCGCCCCCUCCAUACCAGACCCGCAGCGUCACCAGACUCCAGAACCAGGGCGGUCCAGCAACGCCAAUGUCCCCGACCAACCCCUUCUCGCAUUACCCCAUAGCCCAAUCCACUCCAAAGCCCCUGGCCUGCCAAUGGUCAAACCCUGAUAUGGACAGUAUGGACGGCUCCCUCAUCCAGGCCCCCAUGAUUCAGGUUCCGGGACCGGAUGGGCAUCGUGGUGUCGUGUUCCGACCCUGGACAGCGACUGAUAUUCAACAGGCAGCCUCUCACCUGCCCGACAUCAAAAACGGUGCAGCCUUUGGAAAAGAGUUCCUGGCCUUCUGUAAAGAAUUCAUGCCCACCGGACCCGAGAUCCAUCGUCUUCUGGUCAAACAUGUGGGCCCGAGUGCUUUCAGUAAAAUCAGAGCGGUGGUCACUGGUCAGGGCUCUGACUCCCGCCACGAGGCACCUGACUGGGAUCAGGCAGAUAACGUUGCCUACAGAGCAUUUGUCACCGCAGUAUGUGCAGCUGUUGUUACAGCUUUUCCGGCAACAGUAAACAUGGCACUCAUCAACAGCACAAAACAAGGUAGGACCGAAGAUGUAACGUCUUACUAUCAGCGUCUUGUGGCUGCUUUUCAGAUUCACAGCGGCCUCGAGGAGCCCACAGACAUAACCAACAUGACUGUGUGAGAAACUCAUCUCAAGAACGCCUUCAUGAACGGGCUUCUGCCAGACGUCAAAACUGCCACUGAACACUCUGUCGUGGGUCUGGAAGAUGCCAGGCUCACAGAAGUGGUAAAACAUGCACGACACAAUUAUAAAAUGCAUGUGGAAAAUCAAAUGUGUCAAGACAAACGCAGCAAGCAGACUGGGGAGAAAGCCCAGCUUGCGAUGCUCCAAGCUGUAAAACAGUUGACACUGGGUGCAGAAGGAGGACGAGACCCCCACCCAUCCGGAAAAUCUUAUGGGAGGGACCAACAGAGAGGACGAGCGUAUGGAAUAAAUCAUGGGAGAAGAGGGCGUUUUCAAGGAGGGGCCCCACGAGAAGGGCAACCCGAUGAAUUCUUCCUCUGUGGCAAAACAGGACAUUGGUACAAAGACUGCCCCUACCGUUCAAACCAGGUACUUCAGCCACAUGGACGACAGCACCACUCCGGGACUGACAGAGGGCACUUGGCACUUCAGACUGACGGUGUGAUGGGGAGGGAGAGCGCAUGUGUGACGGAGGACCGACUGCUGCCUCUCCAAAACAGGGAAGUGAAACACACCACACACACACACACACAAUGCUGCAACGAAGACCUGCUUCCUCGCACGCACACCCACAUACACAUGCACACACAAUACUGCAAUGAUACCUGCUUCCUCGCACGCACACUGCAGAACAACAUGCUGUUUUGCUCAGCAUCAUUUCUCACAACAGCAACAGGAUACAUCCACACCACCACCACUCAUGUAUGCUAUGUUUUCAUCAGAUGCAUACAAGGAUAUGCCAACUACAAGAGUAAUUGUGGAAGGGAAAGAAUUGACGUUUUUAGUAGACUUCGGAGCUGCUCAUUCAGUAAUUCAAGAAAAACAUUUUCCAAAUCAAAAAAUGAGUGGGCGGUAUGUAUAUUCUCAAGGGGCUUCAGGUUUGACUGCGACAGAAAAAUGUACUGCACCUAUGACGAGUGUACACUCUGACGAGACUGACCUAAACCCUGACAUAAAAGUAAAAAUUUCUUUUUUACUCUCUUCACUCUGUCCCAUAAAUCUGAUGGGCAGAGACUUGAUGUGUACAUGUGGUAUUUGUUUGACGUCAUCUCCAGACGGCCUUAAAGUGGUUCGGCGUAGAGCCGCACUCCAAAUGGUGCAAAAGGCUCCCUCUAAUCCUCUUUUUGUGUAUCAGUGGUGGAUCCCGAUCGAUGAUGCUCGGAGGCUGAGCCAGGCUGGUGAAGCACGGGUUUCUCCUCAUGCAGACAAAGAACUGUUUCAAGUUCCCGGCUCCUAUCCCCAUGUCUCACUGUCUAAAGGACGCCUUGACCAAUGCAGGGAUUUGGGACCAUUUGUGGCUCAGUGUGAAUCUCUCUCAUUGUCUGGGAGGAGACAAUCGAUCCGCUCGUUCUGCGCUCCGCCUCUACAGGGUUUCACAGAACUCACUGUGUACUCCUCACACCAGCUUGUCGAUCUGUCUAUGUGUUUUAUGAGCACAACGACAAAGUUGAAACAUUUUUAACAACUCCCACGUCAAUUUCUCCCGCUCUUGGUUCUGUUCCACAGACACUCUGGGCAGCGCACAAAUAUGACGUCGGCUUGAUCAACAACUGCCAACCGGUCGUCAUCACUCCACAUUCUGACUUCCGUCCCCACAAACACCAGUACCCCCUGCGACAAGAGGCCAUUGACGGUAUCACACCUGUGUCCAAUUCGCUCCUGGAGGCAGGAGUGAUAGUUCCAUGUCCAGACUCACCGGUCAGGACGCCAAUAUUUCCAGUGAAAAAAAUCAGAGAUGCUGGCAAGCCUACAGAAUGGCGUUUCGUGCAGGACCUAAAACCAGUAAAUGCGGCCGUUCAUGCACGGGCCCCAAAUGUUCCUAAUCCUUACACAAUCCUAGCUCAGAUUCCUCCUGAAGCUAAAUGGUUUUCUGUUGUUGACCUGUUGAAUGCUUUUUUCAGCGUGCCAGUCGACAAAGACAGUCAAGUUUGGUUUGCAUUCAACUUCAACGGUAAGCCAUACACUUUCACUCGUUUGUGUCAAGGCUAUACCGAAUCACCCACAAUCUACAAUGAUGCGCUCAGAGAAAGCAUGGAGAGCUUAACGCUCUCUCCCUGCUCUGCAUUUCUGCAGUAUGUUGACGACUGUUUGAUUGCAGCUACAAAUCAGGCACAGUGUCAGACAGACACGCUUAAACUACUCAAACAUUUAGCGAAGGAAGGCCACAAGGCCAGCCUUUCUAAAUGACAAGUUGUGUCUCAAAAUGUACGUUUCCUAGGUCAUGACAUGUCUGGAGAAGGAAAAACCCUCUCCCCAAAAAGAAUCGCCGCGAUCGUAUCAAUACCGAAACCCAACACCAAAAAACAGAUGUUGUCCUUUUUGGGCAUGUGCUCAUACUGUCGAUCAUUUAUUCCAAACUACUCACAAAUGGAACAACCGUUAUCAAACUUAAUCCAUGGGAAAAAUCUUACAGCGCACGACAAAAUAAUCUGGACUGAAGAGGGUCUUGCGGCCUUCACACAAAUGAAAUGUGCUUUGUAAACUCCUCUGACUCUUGGACUGCCGAAUCCGAAUACGCUAUUUACUCAAACAGUAGAUGAAAGACAGGGCUGCAUGACUUCUGUGCUGCUACAACCCCAUGGUGAUAAACUCCGCCCGGUGGCGUAUUUCUCCGCAAAACUCGACCCUGUCGCUGCAGGACUGCCACAAUGUUUGCGCGCUGUGGCCGUGGCUGAAAAGGCACUCACUGCCUCACGUGGCAUAGUGGGUUACGCACCACUCACUCUGCUCGUUCCGCACGCGGUUUCUUUGAUUCUCCUCGAACAGAAAUCAUCUCACCUCUCUGUGGCUUGCUAUUUGCGUUACCACACGUGUCUCCUGGACAUGCCGAAUGUCACUAUAAACGUUGUACUAACCUAAACCCUGCAUCAUUACUUCCUAUUCCUGGGGAUGGGGAGGACCACAACUGUUUGGCUGAGCUCCAAGCUCAGUGCACUCCUCGCCCUGACCUAGUGGACACUCCACUAACUAACAGCGACAUGGUAAUGUAUGUGGAUGGAUCCGCCUCCCGCGAUCCUCAGUCUGGUGAAAAUUGUGUUGGUUUUGCUGUUGUUUCUGACUCUGGUGUGCUGUGUUCAGGUCCUCUGCCAUGUCACCUCUCAGCCCAGGCAGCCGAGCUCAUCGCUCUGACCGAGGCCUGUAAACUGGCUACGGGUAAAACAGUCACAGUUCACACUGACUCUCGCUAUGCGUUUGGUGUAGUACAUGAUUUUGGGGCGCUGUGGAAACACAGGAACUUCCUUAAAUCGGUUAAACCAACGGUAUCUGGACUGGACCCGACGGCAAGCCGUGUUUACCUAAACACUAUUUUGCUCAUUAUGCUAAAUUGACUCAUGGGUUAGACCAUGUGUCAAAAGGGGGAAUGUUACGUGCACUUAAUGAGACGUGGUUUACAAAAGGGUUCACAGCAUAUGCACAAACAUUUUGUUCUGCAUGUGUCACCUGUUCUACUCACAAUGUAGGCAGGCCCGUGGGCGUGUCCAGCCAGGCUGCACACCCACCACCAACCCGCCCGUUUGAGCACAUUAUGAUGGAUUUUGUGGAGUUGUCUCCAUCACAAGGUAAGAAACACUGUCAAGUGAUGGUGGACAUGUUUUCCAAGUGGGUUGAGGUUUUUCCAUCAAGCAAACAAACCGCUGCAACAGUAGCCAAGGCCCUAAUUUCUGAAAUCAUUCCUCGAUGGGGCAUUCCUUCUAAAAUAUCAAGUGACAAUGGUUCUCAUUUUGUCAACCAGGCCAUUACAGAAUUAAGCGCAUACCUGGGUAUUGAUUUAAAAACACACUGCGCAUACCAUCCAGCCAGUGGAGGGGCUGUGGAACGAGAAAAUAGCACACUCAAAACCAAAUUGGCAAAAUGCUGUGCAGACACAGGUCUGCCCUGGACAAAAGCCCUGCCUCUAGUGUUGAUGUGCAUGAGAAAACGAACACGAAGCAACCUGAGUCCCUUCGAGAUAUUGUUUGGUUUUCCUCCUCACGUAGGAACCGAGGCACCGACGGCACCACUCCCUUCAACCGCAUUAUGCGAACAUGAAAUGUUAACAUAUUGUGCACAACUCUCUUCUGCUCUGUCUGACAUACGACAACAGGUUGCAGCCGCCCUCCCAAAACCAGCUGAAGGCCCACUCCACAAGCUGAAACCUGGUGACUUUGUGAUGGUGAAAGACUUCAG